UAUUUAAAUAUAAAUAAAUAGCAAGAGAAGCUGAAAUGAAGGAGAUAGUAGUAAUACGUGUAAGUCAUGCAGAGAAGGAAGAGAGGAAAGGGAAAGUGAGUAAUGUGAUUGCAUGCAUGCGAUUAGCGUCAGCACUGACUCAUGAAAUUUGAUUUGUUGUUUUAAUCGGCGCACUGAAACUUUGUAUAUAUGACUACCAACUCUGUCUGUGGUCUGUGUUCUGCUUAAUUGAAUCACCAACCAUUUUUAACCAAAACAGACACCUGCUUCCGUGGAGUGUGGAUUCACCUCCCUCAAAACCAUGGGCUUUCAUCUUCAUCUUCUUCUUUCUCACUGAUAUUUAUAUCUUCCCUUUUUCUUUUCUCUUAACUCAACCCCUCAAUGACUCCUUACUUUUUUCUCAAUUUCUGCUCCUCUUCUGCUGCUCCUCUCUUCAUACUUCUUGGUCCGGCUUCCCAAUCUGGGAGGAAAGCUCUUUUUAUUUUUUAGAGUAGACUGAAUCUAUAUUACUAGCACUACUCUACUUGGGCUAUCUUGUUUUGUUUUUCAAUUAAUUAUUUCUUUCAGUGUUUGCUUAAAUACACUUCUUAUAUAGCUAGUUAGGUAGUGCAUACAGAAUCAGUACUUGUAAUGGUAGAGAUAUCUAAUCUGAUGGAUCCUUUGAGCUCCGGAGAGAUGUCAGAAAGCGAACCAGAAGAGCUUAGCUAUGCCGAUCUCAAGAAACGGAUGUGGAAGGAUCAGGUGCGCAUGACGAAGCUGAAAUCACAGAAGCACGCCUCAGAGGCCGAGGCAGAAACAGCGGCAGUUGCAGCAAUAGAUGAUGAUGAAGUUAUUGUGGAGAGUGAAAUAAAUAAGGAAUCAAGCACAGCUGCAAGCAGAGAAGAAAAGUCGAGGCGUAAGAAGAUGCUGAGAUCUCAAGACGCCAUAUUGAAGUACAUGGUUAAACUGAUGGAAGUCUGCAAAGCACAGGGGUUUGUGUAUGGAAUCAUCCCAGAGAAAGGGAAGCCUGUGACAGGGUCAUCUGACAGCCUCCGGGAGUGGUGGAGGGAGAGUGUCAAAUUCGACCAAAGCGCACCCCAAGCCUUGCAGGACUUGAUUCCUGCUAUUGCAGAAUGUGCAGCAGGUGCGCUUAAUGAUGAGAAUUCCACAUCCUUGUUGCAUAUGUUGCAGGACCUUCAAGACACCACUCUAGGAUCCCUCUUAUCUGCACUUGUGCAGCACUGUAUCCCUGCUCAAAGGAGGUUUCCACUUGAAAGGGGUUUAGCCCCUCCUUGGUGGCCUACAGGAGACGAGCUUUGGUGGGGAGAGCAGGGCCUGCUCUCCGUGGAGCAAGGUCCCCCUCCUUAUAGGAAGCCCCAUGACCUUAAGAAGGCUUGGAAGGUGAGUGUUUUAUCUGCAGUGAUCAAGCACAUGUCCUCUGACUUGAACCGUAUGACGCGGCUGGUCAAGAAAUCUAAGUGCCUUCAGGGUAAGAUGACUGCCAAGGAUACUGCUACCUGGUCUAAGGUUGUGGAUCAAGAAGAGGCUCUCCUACAGCUCACCAACCAAUGUCUCCACAUAACAGAUAAAGAAGGUGAUGAAGAUGUGAGUUUGGCGCGCAGUAACGAGCUUCAGCACAACAAGAGGAAGGCUGCAGGCGCUUUCAAUCAUCAAGAUACAGAAAUGGUUUACAAUUUGCAAAGUGAGGAAGCAGAAUUGGGGGUUAUGGACAAAUACAGUAGAAGAGACCAAUGUGAUUUUUUACCAAGUAUGAGUCCUGGAUUUGAGUCUGCUUAUGCAAAUCUAGUUGCAGAUUACGACAGUUGCCAUAACUUGCAACACAAAGCAGCCUCCUUACCAUUAGAUUUUCAAAUGUCUGAUUCGAGUGGCGAUUCAACAUUUCCUCCUUCUCCUUGGACUUGGGACGGCUAUGUUCGAGAAUGUGAAGAAUCAGAAGUCAUGAGUAAUGCUGAUAUCACAUUGGCAACAGGCGAAGAUCCACAAGAUCAAACACGAUACUGGGAAAUUAGUGAUGAUCCACAUCUGGGUUUGGAUGCCGCCUUUCAACUUCACAGAAAAAACUUGACCCUCCUUCAAGAAACUAAUAUUUGGGAACUAUCUUAUCAAGAACCUGAUGAUGACAUAGACUGAAGACUUUGUUCCCUUUUCUUGUCUGCGAAUCCUCU